GCUGUUGAGUUGCUGUAUCUUGAGCUAACUCGACGGAGCGCCCGGUGCAUUUAUACCUGCAUCAUCUCACACCAUCGACAGGCUUGCCAAGUUAUUUUUGGACAGCUUGCCAUGCGUUCAUAUCCAGUUGUGCUAAGACAAUUUGUCAUUGCUCGUGGUGUCGAACAUAUUGUGGCGCUACUGCAUCGACAGGCUCAAUAUACGCAUUGUUCUGAGUGGGCAAGGUCCGGCGAGACCGUUUGUCUUAAUCGUUACACAUGUUUUCUUUGUCUUGCACUUUGCACAUGCUUCUGCGUCUCAUUAUUGACAGUCAAAUAUACUAAAAGUACAGGACAAGUUGUUUCUACAUAGCAAGCCCGGCAUUUGGCAAUGCGCCACCGGCACUCCCUCUUCUCACUCUCGCUCGCUAUCUCUCUUCCUUUGCUAUCCCUGAGAGUAAAAUAAUGGUAAAGUACA